AUGAGCAUUAUUGAGAGAGGUGGACAGUACUUUCUGACCCUGAAGAGUCCAGACGAAGAGUUUGUAAAAAGGAUGCAUGACACUUCCGUUGCUAGUGUACUUUCGACGUCAAAUGCUAGGAACACAUCUAAAGCGGUCAGAUCACCUUUCGUCUGCCAACGGCUGCAUCAUCCGGCUUCGUACAAAAGGUUUGAAAUGUCAUCUUUCAGCUUUGUUUCGGUGUUUGUAACGGUUUCAAUCUCUCUCGGCGUUGUUUGUGUUUCUGGUCAAACACACAUUGUUAAUCUUCAAGUUGGACAGAGCUUGAACGAGACGUGUGCUACAAGGUCUUGCUCAUCAGCGGCAGCUAUCUGUCAUGGUCGAGAAUGGACAUUUCUAGAGGCAUCAACAAAUCAUAGUCGUCUGGUUGAUAAGUGUACGGACAGGACGGAUCGUUGUAUAUUAUACGUAACCUCGGCGUCUCAAGGAACUUACACGUGCACAGAGUACAUUAGAGAUCCAGCUGAAAAGGAUCCUGACGUGAUAAAAAGAGUGAUCAUCAAAGGGUUGGAGCCCAUGCCAACAGUGGAGACAACAUCGGUUUCGAGUACAACAGCAGCAGAGACGAAGCAACCUCCAACAACCAACGGUAUUGACUCUGAAAUGGUGUCUACAUCUGCGACCAUUGAAUACUCAUCUGCACUUUCCUCUGACAAUAGUAAAGCCGUCGUUACUGCCGUCGUCGUCUCCUUGUGUAUUCUAUUUGCUAUCAUCGUCAUAAUUGGUGUCAUUCUGUGGAGGAGAACCAGGCGUUUUAAAUUGAGCAAUCAGUGUGGAGCAGGACUGAGCGUUGCUGACGUACCCAUACAUGAGAAAUGGGAGUUUAGUCGUAAUCUCAUAUGUCUCCGGGAAGAAAUCGGUCAGGGCUUCUAUGGCACGAUCUAUAAAGCACAUGCAUAUGAAAUUAUUUCACCUCAAACGUGGACUACUGUUGCAGUCAAAGUAUUAACAAAACAUGAAGAUGAGGAGGAAACGAGUCUUCAGGCAGAAGCACGACUGUUUAUCGCUUUGGGUAACAGCAAGCACGAGAACGUUGUGAGUCUGUUGGGAAUAUGCUCUAAACAAGGACCCCUUUCUCUUAUCUUCGAGUACGCUGCAAAUGGUAACCUCAAGUCUUUUUUACGGAGUCUCAGACAAUCUCAAUCCAACGAGGACUGUCUCAGUAACACUCAAACAAGGAACAUUGAAGUCAAAGGCAUAUCUCAACAAAAGAUGGUUAAAUUAGCUUUGCAAAUCGCAUCUGGAAUGAAAUUCCUAAUUAGCAAAAAUAUACUUCACUGUGAUUUGGCUGCCCGAAAUGUGUUGGUAUUUGAUGGUGAACAACUGAAACUCUGUGACUUUGGAAUGUCGAAAGACGUAACGUAUCAUGGUUAUUAUCGUCGAAAAUCAAAGCGUAUGUUGCCCGCUAAGUGGAUGUCUCCCGAGGCGAUGAUAGACAAAUGUUAUACACAAGCAAGCGACGUUUGGUCUUUUGGCGUGUUGCUAUGGGAAAUUGGUAGCCUUGGAGGUAGCCCUUACCCAAGUGUCCCAGUUGAACGACUCUAUGAUCUUCUAGUAGGCGGGUAUCGAAUGAGCUGUCCAGCAGCGUGUCCCCGCCGUUUACACGAUAUAAUGCUGCUCUGUUGGGCGAGCGAUCCAAACGAAAGACCUUCAUUCGAAACUCUUUUCGAGCGACUAGUCAACAUGCAUGGUGAAUGAACAAAAUCAUGUGAACGCUAGAUAAAUGCUCUGUGUAGAGAUGCGUAGUGUACUAUACCAGGUCGAGUCGUAUGGUAGAUAUACGUUAGGCUUGAGAGUCCAGACGGAUUUCCCGGCCCCUACGAGGCGGCUAGCUGGAGACAUUCGCCACUCAAAUUGUUAGAAAUACUUUGUAUACUGCUAAUCAGAGUACUGCCUAAUUAAUUAAUGUUUGGACAUCCUCUUUA